AUGACGGAAAUAGACGAAGCAGCAGCAUCGUCAACGUCGACACCGCCGCCCCCUGUGCGCAUCCUGAUCAUCAACCCCAACACGUCCCAACCCAUGACCGACGCGCUGAAACCCGUCGUGCAGGACCUGGGGAUUCCAGGCGCGCAAUACACGUUCUUCACGUCGCCCACGCCGGGCAUCCCGAGCAUCAACUCGCCCGCCGACGCGGCGCGGUCGGCCGACAUCUGCCUCCCGCAUCUACUCCCCCUCGUGCCCCACCACGACUGCUUCCUCGUCGCGUGCUACAGCCAGCACCCGCUCGUCGCGCGCCUCAAGGCCGAGUGUGCGGCCGUCGCGGCCGCGGCGACUCAAGGGCCCCAAGGGUCCGGGGCGAGGAAAUACGUCACGGGCAUCUUUGAGGCGAGCGUGUUGGCGAGUCUGGCCUUGUUGCGCGACUCCCCACCUGACCAGACUUCUGCGAACGCUGCCGCCACUGCUGCUAGGGAGAGACCGGCGUUUGGGAUCGUCUCGACCGGAAAGAUUUGGGAGGAGGCCCUGCAGAUCGCCGUCGAGGAGUUUCUCGGCUGUCCGACCACGAAAACGACGUCGCCCUUUGUCGGGUGCGAAACCACGGGUCUCAACGCGAGCGAGCUCCACGACCUCCCUGCCCACGAAGUCCGCAGGAAGAUGAUGGACGCGACCAAGCGGCUUCUCCUGCGCGGGGCCAAUACCGAUGGCGAUGGCGAGACCGACAGCAACAACAACAACAAGAACCACCUCGUCUCGCGCGUCCAGGCUAUCUGUCUCGGCUGCGCGGGAAUGGUCGGUCUGGACUCGGCGGUGCGCACGGCCUGCGUCGAAGCCCUCGGCGACGAAAGGGGCAGGGAGGUCUAUAUCGUCGAUGGGGUCAAGGCUGGCGUGGGCACUUUGUACGCUCUCGCGCGCGGCGGUUUCUCCUGA